CUAACUUUUCUGGGCAUAUCCGAGAGGCAAAUUCAUGCAGCUGAGGUUAUUGAAGGCUGAAGCGUUGCAUCCUGAGAUUGCUCUACGCACAUCGGGGCUGGAAUGGGGUCUCGUGGUCCAUCCCUUCCUGGCGCCCCACGGAUGCAAAUACCAGAAUGGCGGGGCCUUGCGCAGUUCCCAGUGGCCACUCAGCAGGCACUUCACAACCUGCUGGAAAAGUUGAGACAGAAGGACAAGGAUUCUCUCAACAUUCUGGUCCUGGGGAAGGGCGCGGUGGGGAAGAGCUCCACUGUCAAUUCGAUAGUCGGCGAGCGGGUCGUGACUGUGACGCCGUUUCAGGGGGAGAUAGUUCGGCCCGAGGUCGUCUUCCGGCAAAAGGCGGGCUUCACGCUGAGCAUCUUUGACACCCCGGCCAUCGACGACGGGUCCGUGAACGAGGACCUGCUUAAGGGAAUGCGUGGCUUCCUGCUGGAGAAGCCCAUCGACGCUCUGCUCUAUGUGGACCGCCUCGACACGUACCGUGUGGACGAUUUGGACCGAGAGGCGAUGGCAGGGAUCACCAAAGUGUUUGGAGCGCGGCUGUGGAAGGACGCUGUGCUUGUCCUUACUCACGGCCAGUGCAAUCCCCCUGAAGGCACCACAAUCUCUGAGUACGUGGCUAGGCGAACGGCGAACGUGGUGGCGGCCAUCAAGCAGGCGGCAAAGAAGGGCGGGGUAACGCUGAACGAUGUGCCGGUGGCUAUAGUGGAGAACUCGUCGCGGUGCAACACCAACUCCGGCGGAGAAAAGAUUCUGUACGACAACAGCGUGUGGCUGCCCGCGCUGGUGGGCAAGAUCGUGGACGUGGCCCUGCGGCCGGACAAGGCCGGGCCGUACAUGGUCACCGAGGACAUGGUGCUGCCCAUCGACGGCAACAGCCGCCUGCGCUGGCUCAUCGCGCCCCUCCUCGCCCUCCAGGUGGGGCUCGUCUACAGAUUCUUUGCGAAAAGGCUACACCAAGAGCAGACGGGCCUCCGGCCAGAGGAUCGUUUCCGGUUGCUCACACACAAAGACGUCGAGAGAUGGAAGCAAACAUUCAAGCGUGCUGCACUAGAGGCCGACGACGACGAUGAGGACGAGGACUGAUGCAACGAUCAGUCCUCCUCGGAUGCAAUUUUGGCUCUGCAAUGUCGCCCGUUUUGAAGUUGUCGUUACGGAUGGGUUUCAGUUCGAGUUGCUCUUGUGCGUGUCCCAUGGCAACCUUGAUUGGCCCAAAAUCGCACGCAGCCCGUGCAGAAAAAGUUAAUACGUGCGUCUUAAGAUUUAGUCCGUGCGGUUCAAUUUGAAGCGAGCUACACAUGCGAUCUUGAAAUCCAAUCAAAGCAACUCCAACGUGAUUUUUGAUCGCUUUUAUUUUGGAAGACCAAGCGACUCAAUCCUAAUAACGAUUUAUACAAUGGUCAUAGGGGUCACGUUCGUAACGAUCACAACUUAGAACCCAUG